AUGAAUUUAUCAGUCAUUGAAGAAGCAUCAUCAUUAUCAAGUGAUUUUCAAAAACCUCUUAUUUCAAAUGUAUCCAUAAACAAAUUUACUACUGAACCUUCGUGUUCCAAUACCAAUCAUGUUAGAAUUCGAUUUACUAUAGCUUUAGCUGUACCUGCCGACUCCCAAGUAUCAAAUGAAUCACAAUCACCGCCAAUUAAUACUUAUUACAAUGGACGAGCCUCUGAAGCAUCGAAACCUCAAGCAUAUUAUCGUGUUGAAUAUUCAUUGAUACCUGGGGAACCAAAUGUUGCAUUUGAUAUUGUUGUAUUUCGAACAGCUGCAAAAAUCUAUCCAGAUAAUCAGGAUAGUCGAGUUGUAUUAACAUGGGAAGAUGAAAAUGAAAAUGUUUGGAUAGUUUGGAAUCAUGUUCAUAAAGUCGAUUUAAGUCGUGAACGUUUAUUAGCAUUAUUAUCACAUAAAAUUUUUGUUAAAAUAUGGGAUGGUAAAGAAUACUGCAAUGUACGUACAAAACUAGAUAAGCCACGCAUCGGACGAGCUUUUCAGACUUUAACAGCAACGAAUAAAAAUGGUGAUCAAGACAAUUCUCCAAAACAUAUAGUACAAAGUAUGGCACAAAAUUUUGCAGAUAAAUGGGUGGCUAAACCCAUGCUAUAUAAAUUACAUCGAAAAUUACCCAUAAUUAUUCCACCACCCACACCAUUUCUACAAAAGAAAAUUGAUGAUACAGAGAAUCCUCGACUAGCAACACCAUCAGUACCGAAUGUAUUACAAGAAAAAUCUAGCGAUAAUUCAGUUAAAGAAAGCAGCACACCUAUUGAAGGGCCAAUAUCGACUCCAACCGAAAAUGAAAAUUCUAUUAUUGUGAAAAGUAGUCCAGAUGAAAACGAAGCAAAAUCAAACGAUAAUAUAAAGCAAAAGAAAGUAGGCACAAGAUCACAUAAACAUCAGGAUGAAAAAAAAGAGAAAGGAACUGCUCAAAUACACAUUCCAAGCAAGUUAAUAUUUGCAGGAUUUAAAAUGAUUACAUCUCGUCUUAAUGAUGACUUAAUAUUACCGAAAAGUAUUCAAGAUUGCUUAGUUAGUAUUAAAAUUGAAGAUUAUGAAUUAAUGAAGGACACACUUGCAAACGAAUUCAAUCCACUUUCAAUAACAAUAUGUGAUGUAGAAAAUAUGCCAUCAACACCUAUAUCAUAUUUUGAUUUAAAACAAAGAUGUGAACCAGUUCACUGUUCCUAUCAAAUAUUUGAUCAGCCAGUUCAUCGAACCAGUAAAAAGGUACAAGCCCGUCAUAUUUAUUGGAAUGAUUUAAAUUUAUAUUUAACAAACUCAGUCAAUGAUCAUAUAAUGAGAGAAUUUCGUAAUUCUCCUAUUGUUAAUAUUGAAAUUCAUGAUCGAGAUGAACGUGAAAGUAGUCGACGAUGCAUCGGUAGUGUAUUUGGUUCAGAAAAUACUGAUGAAGUCAUUGGAAGAGUUUCUGGUAAAACAAAUCUACUCAAAUCAAACAAAAAUAUUGAUUGGCACCCACAUGGAUGUAUUAAAUUAGAUUUAUCAGAACUUUGGCUUGGACAAACAUCACUUGAAUAUUAUAUUCCAGUUGUUCCAUGUCGCGCACCUGAAUCAGGGCGUGCCAUGAGUGCAAAACGUACAUUUUCACAGGAGAAUAUGCGUAUACAACAAGGUGAUUUUCUUUCAAGUGGUACUCAAAUGAAAAUUCUUGUGAAAUUAGCAAAAUCUCUUGUCCCGCCUGUUAAACAACCAUCGUUAGAUACUCGACAAUUGUCAACAGCAUGCAUAAUUUCACCGUUUACUCGAAUAGUUUAUGUAUUUUCCUAUGAUAAUUCAAAAUUUUUAACUUCACUUGAAACUUGUAUUCGCACAAUCAAUGCAAGUGCACUUGGCUUUGAUAAACAUCCAGCACAUAUUCAAGUCGCUGCUCUUUCAACAUAUAAAUUAACUGAAGCUCAGCAAACAAGUCACAAAUUAAAUAUAAUUACUGGAUUUCAUCUAUUUGAUGAGGAACAACAUUUGUUUAUACUUGAGGGUCAAAAAGAACAUGCUAUUGAUGUACUCUAUAAACAAUUACCUAGACCACAAGGAAAAAACGUUGAAAUUCUUUAUGAUUCUUCAAUACGUUUUAAUGAACGUCUCUAUGUGAAAUUAGGUUUAGAUUUAACACAUAUUAAAUUAUGUCGAAGUUUACGUGAUAUUGUUUCUCAACCAUUAAUCUUUGUUCGAGAUUUUCUAGCUAAAGAAACAUUCGAAGCACUUGACAAACUGCAUCAACUUGUUCUUGUACAUAAAUUAAGUUCAUCAGCUCGAUAUAAUUUAUUUCCAACAAUAGAGAUGAUAACAUCAUUAAGUCGUGAUUUUGGUGUACCAUUGACAGAAAAAGAAAUUAUUUUAUUUUCAAGUGAUGAUCGAUCACCAUCAGCAUCAACAACCCGUGAAAAACGAAAUAAACACAUAAUCGAUAGUAGUGAUUCAAAUAAUCCACCAAAACAAGAGCCAGUACCAUCACCCGAAGAAAUCAUACGGCCAGAUAUUAACUUUUUAGAAAAGAAUAUCGAACGGAUUCGACUUGCUAGUUUAAGAAACAAAGAAAAUCAGAAAGAUGACGAUAGUAUUGUAUUUGUAACAUCGGGUCCAAUUUAUCCAUACAGUUCACAACGACUAAAUGCAACUGAAAAUGCACUUGAACAAAUGCGAGCCUAUCUUAAAAAGAAUCAUAGUUCAUCAUCAUGCUCAUUUCAUCCCGAAUAUCAAUCUGGUACAUUUUCUCCAUAUUCCAAUUGUGAAACACCUCUUGAUUAUCUUCAAACGCUUCGUUCACCAUCAGACUUAAGUUUAAUAACAAAAGAUAAACCAGCUGAUAGAACAAUGUCAGACUGGCUCCAUCAUCCAGGUCCUCGUUCGAGUCGUCAAUCUAAUAUUCAUCCAAAACUACCAGAUCAAGCUCGGCUUGAUGAACUUUCUAAACCACCUGACGAAUGGUAUGAACGAAAUUCAUAUAAUCGUCAAUCACCUAGUGGCACACGGGAACCAUUUAAGUGGAUUAGUCGUAAGGAUGAUUUUGAUCGAUGGACACGUGCAAUGCCAGUAACUCAACAGGUUUCUGCUCAUUGGCACUCACCCAAUGACAAAAAUAGACUUUUAUCACCAUCUUCAAGAGCAGCAAUGAUAGUUGCCAAUGAACGUAUGAAGUUUUUACGUCGAUCCCCUCAAACAGAAAUGUCCUCAGCUGGAAGAUUAUCUGCUACGCAAUUAGAUCGUUUAACUGGAAUACUUAAAGAUAAACCAGUAAAAAAAGGAUUGCUACUACCAAAAUAUUAUGCUAGAAAAAAUGGAGCUCAAUCAGCACCAUUACAACACACACGAUCAUUCACUAGUACUCCAGAUCGGCGUGUCCGUUCAACAACAACUGUUGCAUUUAGAAAAUACCGAAAAUAA